AUGCUCAAACAUCUAUCACCUCAAGGACCGGACCCAAUAACUCAUUCAUGGUUCCUUUGUAGUUCACCAUGGCCAAUGAUCAUUAUUACCAUCGGUUAUCUUCUUUCAAUUCCUUAUGGCAAACAAUGGAUGUCAAUUCGUUCCAAGGCAUAUAAUCUUCGUUUAGCUAUAGUCAUAUAUAAUUUCUUAGCAGUUUUAAUUAAUGUAUACGUUGUUAUUCUUUCAGUACGAACAAUAACUUUAAAAUCUUAUCGAAUCUUUUGUCAAGGUGUUAUGCAUGAUAAAGAAGAUAUUUAUUUAGCUAAAGCUGUAUGGUGGUAUUAUAUUUCUAAAGCUUUUGAAUUUUGGGAUACAUGGUUUUUUAUUUUAACUAAAAAAUUUUCUCAUAUUAGUAUUCUUCAUGUUUAUCAUCAUUCAACAAUGUUUCCUCUAUGGUAUCUUGCUGCACGUUAUGCGCCAGGUGGUGAAGUAGUAUUACCAGUAAUUGUUAAUGCAUGUGUUCAUGUUAUUAUGUAUCUGUAUUAUGCAUUAACUAUCAUGCAUAUUCAACGAAAACGAUUAGCUCAAAUUAAACUUUUUGUUACUGCAAUACAGAUAAGUCAAUUUAUAGCUGCAGCUAUUGGAUGCGUAUUUCGUUUUCAUGCAAUGUUAUUCAAAGGAGAUCAAUCUUGUUAUGAUUAUCCUGUUAUAUUUGUUUUAAUUUUUCUUACUCAUUCAAUAUCGUUAUUAUUUCUUUUUGUUAAUUAUUUUCUACAAGAAUAUAUUUGGAAAAAAAAUACAAAAUAUCAUGAACAAAAAACAAAUCCAACGAAAAAAAAUGGUUAUAUUACACAU